AUGCCGGGGGAACCACCAUCCGGCUUUGAUAAACUCGAGAACUUCAAUUUUCUGAUGUCGCGCCACGAUCCCGCAGCCAAGACGCGACAGUACUCAUUUGACGCUGAUACCGGGCUGGUCCCGUUUGGCAACGUGAGCAUGGAUUACGAUCAAACCGAAGGCAUGGGCGGCUUGUCCGUCAGCUCCUACGAUAGUAUAGAUGACGACCGCAGCUCCCUGGAUCUCCGGGGAUAUCCCUAUGGUCCGGAGAAAUCCAUCAACUAUAGCAUCCCAGAACACAUGAUGCCCUACUCAGCUCACUCCAUCUACCCGCCAGUGCCAUAUGCACCCGACGAGCUCGGCCAUGCACCAGGCGCUCUCACCCCAUCCGAUGUCUCCUCGUCCAUCUCCCCGCCCAACGGCCAGAUGGGCAACACCAAGUACAGCACCUCCAUCUCGGGCGACCGCAUCGCCGCCGCCCUCGACCAAGAGGAGGGCGUCCGCGGCGCCGCCGAAGAAGAUCGCCGUCGCCGCAACACGGCCGCCAGCGCUCGCUUCCGCAUGAAGAAGAAGCAGCGCGAGCAGGUCCUCGAACGCACUGUCCGUGAGACAACGGAGAAGAAUGCCUCCCUGGAGGCUCGUGUCGCCCAACUGGAAAUGGAGAACCGUUGGCUGAAGAACCUCCUCACUGAGAAACACGAUGCCGGGUCCAGUCGGAUGCCGGCCCCGCCAAAGGAUAGCUCAGCCCUGGAGCUAAAAGCUGGCGGACCCUCGCUGAGACAAAAACAUAUUCAGCCCAAGAAAAAGGGCGUUGGCACAGAUGAGUAA